CAUGAUUGGACUGUUGAUAAGUGUCACGUGAAUCUAGAAAUGUGGUGCGGAAUCGGCGGUAUGUAACGCCGAAACUCUUCGCGGUAGCUCUUCUUCCACUCGCCGAAGAAAAAAAAAGUUAGAAAAUUUCGAGGUCAGUGGAGUGCUAAAAGAAAACACGGUAACUUUGCGACCACCAACAUUGCCGCGGACCCUUCAAUUCGCACAAACAAUCUCCGUGCGACUCCAAAGAAGACACAAGUAAUAACUUCGACGAAGCUUCCUCGAGAGAACCGCAGCAAUGGCCGCCGAGAAGCCCGAUAAGAAGGAGAAGAAGGACAAGAAGAGAAGCGACGAGUCCGGCGUCUCAAAGUCCAAGAAGGAGAAGAAGGAUAAGAAGGACAAGAAGGAGAAGCUCGCCGCCGCCCUUGAGGAGAAGCUCCAGCAGGAUGCCCCCGUCGCUGCCGCUGCCGCUGCCGCUGCCAACAUGGACGAGGACUCCGAUGCUGAGGAGGAGAAGGCCGCCGAGCUCCCUCUUGAGCGCACUGUCGUUCCCUUCGCCCUCCCCGUGGCGGAUGAGAAGGGCAUGAAGAAGGUCUACAAGACCAUCCGAAAGGCUGCCAAGAACAACACCCUGAAGCGCGGCGUCAAGGAGGUCGUCAAGACUCUCCGAAAGUCUCCCCCUUCCGCCCCCGGCAACACCUCUUUCCCCGGCGUUGUCAUCAUCGCCGGCGACAUUUCUCCCAUGGACGUCAUCUCUCACCUCCCCGUGCUGUGCGAGGACCACAACGUGCCCUUCAUCUUUGUCACGUCGCGCGCUGAGCUCGGCGCUGCCGCCAAGACCAAGCGUCCUACAUCCGUGGUCAUGAUCAUGGAGAAGGCCGAGGGCAAGAAGUCAAAGGACAAGUCUGCUGACAAGGACGGCGAGGAUGAUGGUGAGGCGUUCGGCGAGAGCUACGCGUCUCUCGUCAAGUACGUGCAGAAGGAGUAUGGCAAGCAGGCUUUCUGGGUCAAGGGUGGAACCAAGUACUAGGGGGACAAGGUCCAUCGACGACGCGACAGUGCCGUCAGUAUAGGAAAGGUUCCAAAGAUGAAGAGAGAGCGGGGUUCCCCAAAGAUCAAGAAAGAGCGAGGUUACCCUGGGACGGAUGGUGUGGUGUGUUAGAAGAAGUACAAGUCUGGAUGUAUUAUACCAGAACAUCUAGCCGGAGAACCAACGGCUGGAUGAGGGCUUUGGCGGCGUUCAGGUUUAGCUAUUGCAUUAAAAAUGGGACAUGAUUAUCAAGGGUCCUUGAAUUUGACACAUGGCAGAUCUUGA